AUGGGCAUGCUACUCGGCGAGCGCUACUCGCCCAUGCGCGUGCGGGCGCGAUCGUCGCUCUCGCCGCGCACCCGCGAGUCGGCCAUCGAGCUGCUGCGGGCCAUGUACCCGGACACCCCUCGCGGCGCCCUCGUCACCGUCGCCUACGACUUUCACGAGGGCAUGCUCUUCCCAAACUCGAUGCUUGCCCCGCAGCUCGACGCCGAGUACUGCGCAGCGCAGAUUGAACCCGGCUACGUGGCGGCCAUGGUUGCCGCCGCCACCGACAAGGCUCGUCUGCUCGGCGUCUUUGGCUACCUCCCGCCGGCCGGCCCGCACACCCACGACGAUCUCGCGGCUCUGGAGGCACAGGCCGCGCACCCGGGAUGGAUCGCGCUCUACGACGUGUACAAGUCGUACUCGAGCCACGGCAUCCCGCUCCCACAGGGCCUCCGCCCCGGCGACGGCGAGCUGCUCUCGCGCAUGGCCUUCUUUGCUCUCGACUCGCUCCUCGCCCGCCCGCCGGUCCUCCGCCUCGCCAUGGGCCGCCUCGUCGGACACAUUGCCGAUGUACUCGAGGUCAAGGCCGGCCGGCCGCCGCGCGGCAUGAGCCCGCUGCAAAGUGCUCAAAUGGCCAAGGCCAAGCUUGUGGUUCUCUCCGGGCACGACACCACCAUCGUCCCGCUGCUGCACAUCCUCGGCCUCGACGCCCACCUCGACGCCUGGCCCGACUACGCCUCUGCCAUCGUUCUCGAGCUGCACACCAACACCGCACCGUCGCGUGCCUAUCCGGCUGCCCACUACGUCCACGUCAUCUACAAUCGCCACACCGCCGCCAUCGUCGCCCUCGACGACCUCCUCUCCGCCCUUGACCCAUUCCGCCUCGACUCGAUCGAGCACCUGCACCAGGCCGAGGCCACCGCCGCCGCCGCCGCUGCCGACGCAGGCCGUCCCGACGACCUUGCUGCUGUCGCCGCUCCAGGCACGCCGCCUACCCACUCGUGGCACCGCGACUUUAACCAGCCCGCCCUCGCGCACGUCCUCGCCAACGCCGCCACUGCCGCCGCCGCCACAGAGUAACCAAUACCAGGCCUACGGC